AUGUCUGCCUAUCAAAGUUUUUUGCUAUUCAUUUGCAUGUCAACAUCCCUCAUAAGACCAUCACAAAAUAAAAAAUGUCAAAUGGAGACAUCCACAAUUACCUGCAAAAACAUUACAUUAAAUGCGAUACAGAAAAGCAUUGAAAUUGAUGUCCUGCAAGAAAACGUUAUUAAUCUAAACAUCACCAACAGUUACGUAAACUUAAUCCAAAGAAAAAAUUUUGUUAACUACAAAAAUUUACGGUAUCUUUCCAUUUGUCAUUCUCAGUUGAUGUUCGUUGAAGAAAAUGCUUUUUUGGAUCUACUGUACUUAGAAGAACUGGAUCUAUCAGAUAAUUUCUUGAGAAGAAUAAGCACAAAUUUAUUUCCAGAUAACAACAAAAUUAUUUCCUUAAUGGUGCCCAAUAACUUGAUAGAAGACUUGGAUGACUUUGACAUUAAUAGAUUUCCCCAUCUUAAAAAAAUUAAUUUAUCCAACAACAUCCUAGAAUACCUGCCAUCAAACCUAAUAAACAAAAUGGCUUCGAGCAAGGAUUUCAUCAUCGCUGUGAAUAAAAAUCCUUUCAAUUGCAGCCACGUUAAAUGGAAACAGUAUCUGACAAACAGACCGCAAUUCUGCAAUGAAUUUAAUUUGGGAAACACGGAGAAGCUUAAAUUACAGCCAAUAGUGGCGCCUUUGUCGGAAGACAGCGAAAACAAAACAAUCCCGAAGGAUUAUUGCAUUAAACAUUGCCACUUUUUUAAUUGCCUUAUAUGGACUUUUUCGGGCAUCUGGAUCGGAAUUAUUGUAGGCAAUGUGUGCAAGAUUAAGGAUUUAAUCUUUUUGAAGAAGAAGAGAGUGGAGAAUAAGUUCACACAAUAUGAUUACCUGAAAUUUAGGUUGGAUAAAGAAGUAAUUCCAACAGAUAAGGACCAACCUGAAGCUAAAUAUUGA